UGCACUCACGGAGAUCAGUCAUUUUUUCAGAGAUAUAUGCUCCAGCAAGUUGAAUGUUGAUCACAUUGAGAGGCUUCAAACGAAUAUCGUCGAGACACUAUGCAAACUUGAGAUGAUAUUCCCUCCAUCAUUUUUUGACUCAAUGGAGCAUCUCCCUAUACAUCUACCGUUCGAGGCAAAAGCUGGAGGUCCGGUCCAAUAUAGAUGGAUGUACCCAUUCGAACGGUACUUGUUUAAUCUCAAGAAAAAGGUUAAGAACAAGGCGCAUGUUGAGGCUUCGAUAUGUGAGGCCUAUAUUGUUGAGGAGAUCUCAACAUUUAUCUCGUACUAUUUCGAACCUCAUAUGAGAACGAGAAUCAAUUGCUUUCCACAGCAUGAUGAUGGCGGUGAAGUGCCAUCCAGUGGGAACUUGUCAAUAUUCUCCAAUACUGGACGACCCACACCUAAAAAUGCCAUAAGAGGAAGAUAUUUGUCGGAAAUAGAGUUCAAACAAGCACACAACUAUGUUCUAUUUAACUGUGAUGAGCUGAGACCUUUUAUUCAGCAACAUCGUCAAUAUUUUCUCUCCAAUAACUCACAGCUGACCGAAUCCCAGAUCUUUCAAUUACAAGAUGAGCAGUUUGCCACGUGGUUCAGAACACAUAUACGUAGAACAAAAACCAGAGCUUGUCGCUCAAGUACGGUCGCAGCUAGUUCGUCUAGCAGCGAGGAUGAUAUUUCCUUAGGUGCCUCUCAAGAAGAGGCACCUACACCACCUGCGCCGUCAACUGAUGCUGCCUCUUCCAGCGGUACUUCACAGCGCAGAGGCGGCGUGCCUUCGCAGCGGAAUCAAUUUACCCGCAAGUACGAGGCACAGUGGAAGGACGACCUUUCAAUGUUCACAAACAUUGAAGCCGCCCGAGUAAUAUCAUCGGCGUUUAAAUCGUCUAUGGAGAUUCCAUUGUUUCAAUGGAGUCAGAUAUCCAAGCAUCCUGAAUGGAUGCCUCAAAUCAAUGCAUGGUUUAACAGGUUUGAGCACAAAUUCUGUUAGGACAGUGAGCAUAACACUGUUGUGAGGAGGGUGUGGGAAAAUCACGCGGCAACUAGGUUGUGUGAUUUUUGGUAUGAAGCACAAAAAAAGGCAAAAAAAACCGUGAGGGAUAGGGGUUUCCAAGGCUGGAACGAUGUUGCGGUUUGGAGGGAUUUCAAACCGAUAUACAUCCCGGAAGAUAUAUGGCCGCACUAUCUUGAGCACGUGACGUCUGAGCGGUUCACACGACGCUCACAGUCCGGUGCUGGCAACCGGAAUCGGCCAAUUCAAGGCGGGGUGACAACGCACACUGGCGGCUCCGUUCCGUUUGCUGCACAUGCGAAACGGAUGGCUGCGUCUCUUGGACGUGAGCCGAGCCCGAUGGAGCUAUUUGUGGAGACGCACGUGCGGAGUUAAGACCGCUAGAAGGGGGCGCAACAUUUCAUUGAUAACCGUGCUCAGCAUUUCGUGGAGACCUAUAAUAAUCGGUUGAGGGAGAGAUACGGGGACGAUAUUUUGACCCAUCCGGAAUUCGAUUCGGAUUUGUGGAUGGAGGUUGGCUCGUCAGGUGGACCCGAUAAAAAUCGGGUUUACGGGCUCUCCAACACUAUGGCCGACAACUUGUGGUCGACCCGUAGUGUUUCAACCGUUGGGAGCUCCCAAUCAAUAUCGAGCUCCCAAUCUAAGGAGUUCGUGGCCUUGCAGCAACACACGGCUCAGCUCACCGAGAAAUACAAUAACCUAUCAACGGAGUACGCACAACUCAAAGCGUCUCAUGCACAACAAAGAGCGGAACAAAGAGCGGAGUCUGAGAAAAUCAAAGCGUCUCAAGCACAACAAAAAGCGGAGUAUGGAGCGGCUUGUAAACAACAAAAAGCGGCUUAUGAACAGCUUCGCGAAAUGAUUAUGAACUUGACAAAUAGUGGAACAUGUGCGCCUAAUCAUUUUUGGCCGUAUAACCACCAGCCUCCUCCAGGAUCUCCUCCUCCUCCUCCAGCUCCACCUUUAUAUUAAUUUGUAAUC